GCGUUGAAAAUUUUCAGUCGAGCGCUGAUACCGAACUGGGAAGGUCGGUCUAGGCAGAGAUUCUCUACUCGUCUCGCGGGCUUCUUACACAACACUUAAGCGCAGAGCAAAGAAUAGAAAAAAUAUUGUGGUGGUGGAAAAUAAUUUGAAAAAUAACUACACAAAAGGAUAUUGAAAAGUAUUUGAAAGAAAGUAAAAAAUCGAGUAAAACCGCUACUUCUAAGCGGGUACAGUUUAUCGACAGUUUAUAGAACAGAAAAAAGUGUAAUUUAACGUUAAUUAUACAUAUACGUCCAGCAAAGGCGGAACUAAAAACGCGCACGGGGGUACUUUGUAACCCCUGAAAAAUAACUAUAAUAUCGAAUUGAAAGAGGAAAAAUUAUUGUGUAAUACCAUCCCGAGUGCUGCUGCCGCAGUAAGAUCUUCCGCCUAUAUUUUUGCAAUAAAUUAUAAACCGCAACAUGAGUAACGAUGAGCAUGGGAGGGCAGACUCUUAUCGUUUCGCCACGGUUAUACCAACCGAUGACGAUAAUCGUACAGCCGAUGGUCACUUUAAGUCUAAACGCAGAAUGCCACCAAAACCGGCUAAGAAGGAGAAUCUUGAAGAUCUCAAACAGGAGUUAGAUAUCGAUUUUCAUAAAAUCUCUCCUGAGGAAUUAUAUCAGCGCUUUCAGACGCAUCCAGAGAAUGGUCUGAGUCACGCCAAGGCUAAGGAGAAUCUGGAGCGAGAUGGCCCUAAUGCGCUCACACCACCCAAACAAACACCUGAAUGGGUGAAAUUCUGCAAGAAUUUAUUCGGCGGUUUCGCCAUGUUGCUGUGGAUCGGUGCUAUACUCUGCUUCGUGGCCUACUCCAUUCAGGCCAGUACCAGCGAGGAGCCCUCGGACGACAACUUGUAUUUGGGUAUCGUACUUUCGGCUGUAGUUAUAGUUACUGGCAUAUUCUCAUAUUAUCAGGAAUCGAAAAGUUCAAAGAUUAUGGAAUCGUUCAAAAACAUGGUGCCCCAAUUUGCUACUGUCAUUCGUGAAGGUGAGAAACUUACCUUACGCGCCGAAGACCUAGUGUUGGGUGAUGUGGUUGAAGUGAAGUUCGGUGAUCGUAUUCCCGCUGAUAUACGCAUCAUUGAGGCGCGCAACUUCAAAGUGGACAACUCAUCGUUAACUGGCGAAUCUGAGCCACAAUCACGUGGUGCUGAAUUUACACAUGAAAAUCCCCUGGAAACCAAGAACUUGGCUUUCUUCUCCACCAAUGCCGUUGAGGGUACCGCUAAAGGCGUUGUCAUCAGCUGUGGUGAUCACACCGUAAUGGGUCGUAUUGCUGGCUUGGCAUCUGGUUUGGAUACAGGCGAGACCCCCAUCGCUAAGGAAAUUCACCAUUUCAUUCACUUGAUUACCGGCGUCGCUGUGUUCCUGGGUGUUACUUUCUUCGUCAUCGCUUUCAUCUUGGGCUACCAUUGGUUGGAUGCUGUCAUCUUCUUGAUUGGUAUUAUUGUAGCGAACGUGCCAGAAGGUCUGCUGGCCACUGUGACUGUGUGUCUAACAUUGACUGCUAAGCGUAUGGCAUCGAAGAAUUGCUUGGUAAAGAAUUUGGAAGCUGUGGAAACUCUGGGCUCCACCUCGACAAUUUGCUCUGAUAAGACCGGCACCCUCACCCAAAAUCGUAUGACCGUCGCCCAUAUGUGGUUCGAUAAUCAAAUCAUUGAGGCCGAUACAACUGAAGAUCAGUCGGGUGUGCAAUACGAUAGAACCAGCCCUGGCUUCAAGGCGCUCUCUCGCAUUGCUACCCUCUGUAAUCGUGCCGAGUUCAAGGGCGGUCAAGAAGGUGUACCAAUUUUGAAGAAGGAAGUCAGCGGUGAUGCCUCUGAGGCUGCACUGCUUAAAUGCAUGGAAUUGGCGCUCGGCGAUGUAAUGAAUAUACGCAAACGUAACCGCAAAAUCGCUGAAAUUCCAUUCAAUUCAACCAACAAAUACCAAGUCUCCAUACAUGAAACUGAAGAUCCAAGCGAUCCACGUUAUUUGCUUGUCAUGAAGGGUGCACCCGAACGUAUCCUAGAACGUUGUUCGACUAUUUUCAUUAACGGCAAAGAAAAGGUAUUGGAUGAAGAGAUGAAGGAGGCUUUCAAUAAUGCGUACAUGGAACUUGGUGGUUUGGGUGAGCGUGUGCUCGGCUUCUGCGACUUUAUGCUGCCCUCCGAUAAAUACCCCACAGGCUAUAAAUUCAACACUGACGACGUUAACUUCCCUAUUGACAAUUUGCGUUUCGUUGGCCUUAUGUCCAUGAUUGAUCCACCACGUGCUGCUGUACCCGAUGCCGUCGCCAAGUGCCGUUCAGCUGGUAUUAAGGUUAUUAUGGUGACUGGUGAUCAUCCGAUCACUGCCAAGGCCAUUGCUAAAUCGGUGGGUAUCAUUUCGGAGGGCAAUGAAACUGUUGAGGAUAUCGCACAGCGCUUGAACAUCCCUGUCUCGGAAGUUAACCCACGUGAAGCCAAGGCAGCUGUUGUGCAUGGCGCUGAAUUACGUGAUGUUACACCCGAACAGUUGGAUGAAAUUCUGCGCUAUCACACUGAGAUCGUGUUCGCACGUACCUCGCCUCAACAGAAACUGAUCAUUGUGGAGGGUUGUCAACGUAUGGGUGCUAUUGUGGCUGUGACCGGUGAUGGUGUAAAUGAUUCGCCCGCGUUAAAGAAGGCCGAUAUCGGUGUUGCAAUGGGUAUUGCCGGUUCCGAUGUGUCGAAGCAGGCUGCUGACAUGAUUUUGCUCGAUGAUAACUUCGCUUCAAUUGUGACUGGCGUUGAAGAGGGUCGCUUGAUUUUCGAUAACUUGAAGAAAUCCAUUGCCUACACACUCACCUCCAACAUUCCCGAAAUCUCACCAUUCUUGGCUUUCAUCCUUUGCGAUAUACCACUGCCACUGGGUACCGUUACCAUUUUGUGCAUCGAUUUGGGAACUGAUAUGGUGCCUGCCAUUUCCUUGGCUUAUGAAGCUGCUGAGGCCGAUAUUAUGAAGCGUCCACCACGUGAUCCAUUCAACGACAAAUUAGUCAAUUCAAGAUUGAUUUCGAUGGCCUAUGGUCAAAUUGGUAUGAUCCAAGCUGCUGCCGGUUUCUUCGUGUACUUCGUCAUCAUGGCUGAAAAUGGUUUCUUGCCAAUGACGCUGUUCGGUAUUCGUAAGAUGUGGGACUCAAAGGCUGUCAACGAUUUAACCGAUUCGUAUGGACAAGAAUGGACCUACCGCGAUCGUAAGACACUCGAGUACACUUGCCACACCGCUUUCUUCGUUUCUAUUGUGGUUGUACAAUGGGCGGAUUUGAUUAUCUGUAAGACACGACGAAACUCCGUCUUCCAGCAGGGCAUGCGAAAUUGGGCAUUGAACUUUGGUUUGGUGUUCGAGACGGUGUUGGCGGCCUUCCUGUCGUACUGCCCCGGCAUGGACAAGGGUCUGCGCAUGUAUCCACUGAAAUUCGUUUGGUGGUUACCAGCCAUUCCAUUUAUGUUGGCUAUUUUCAUCUAUGAUGAAAUUCGUCGAUUCUACUUGCGUCGUAAUCCAGGCGGCUGGUUGGAACAGGAGACGUACUAUUAAGCUGUAUGUUCAGAUACAUAAUAACAACAAAAACAAGAAAGCAACAACAAAAUAGCGAGCGCAUUUGCAAAUAUACGAGAGUACUACAACAAAAGCAAAAAUAACAGCAAAAGCGACAACAACAACAGAAGCAACAUAUUUGAAUUUUACGAUACGAGUGCGAAGGUGAACGAGCGCGCUGUGGUCGCGCAGGCAGCAGCAAUUAAAUAACAGCAACAACAACGAUAGUAGCAAUAGCAAACGAGAGCCGUUUACUGCAGCUAAAACAGCUAAGGCAAUGUUAAAAGGCAGCAACAACAACACUAUUUAAUAUGCAUGCAUGCAGCGAAUAUCUUAAGCGACCACCAUCACCACCACCACCACAACAACAACAGCAACAACCAGAAUUAUAUUUUUUUUUAAUUUUAAUUAUUUAAUAAAGAAAAAGAUAAUUAUUUUAACGAUUAAGUAAAGUUAAAUUAUAAAUUAAAUAAUGGUAAUAAUACGAAACAAAAUAAAACACAAAAAAAAAAAACAAACAAACAAAAAAAAGUAAAACGAAAACCCAACCACACAUUACCCAAUAAAUAGCAGUUGUUUUUUGUAAGCAAACUUUAAUAAAU